GCUGCUUUGGAGUCUUGUAAAAAAAAGAAAAAGCUCCCCUUGGAGAUCUGCUCUCUUAGCACUGAGGAUAUUGUUCAUGUGACAGAUCUAACUGAUCACUGUGGUCAAAUGUUGUGUUGGGUGACUCGUAUGCUUCUGAGGACACGGUCGAGUGAGCACCCCUAAUUUUGCUGAUUUAUUGCUGACAAUCGCUCUCAAUGGAAUCUAAUCAAAAAUCCGGGGAUGGACUGACGGGCAUGCAGAAAGAGGUGCCGCUGCGUGCACUCAUUCAGCGCACGGGAUACCAGUUAUUGCAGGAGAAUGGUCAGAGGAGGUACGGCGGGCCCUCUCCAGGCUGGGAAGGCCCUCCCCCAGAGAGGGGCAGUGAGAUCUUUGUGGGGAAGCUACCCAGGGACCUCUUCGAGGAUGAGCUGGUCCCCCUGUGUGAGAAAUUUGGGAAGAUCUAUGAGGUUCGGAUGAUGAUGGACUUCAACGGCAAUAAUAGGGGAUAUGCAUUUGUUACCUUCACCACCAAAAAUGAAGCUAAGACCGCCAUGAAACAGCUCAAUAACUAUGAAAUCAGGAACGGAAGACUCCUAGGAGUGUGUGCCAGUGUGGACAACUGUCGUCUGUUUGUGGGGGGUAUCCCCAAAUCCAAGAAGAGAGAGGAGAUCCUGAUGGAGAUGAAGAAAGUGACAGAUGGGGUGUUGGAGGUGAUUGUUUACCCCAGUGCUGCGGACAAGACCAAGAACAGGGGCUUCGCCUUUGUGGAGUAUGACAGUCACCGCGCUGCAGCCAUGGCCAGAAGGAAACUAUUACCAGGGAGGAUCCAGCUGUGGGGACACGCCAUCGCCGUGGACUGGGCGGAGCCUGAAGUGGAAGUGGACGAGGACACCAUGGCAACGGUGAAGAUUCUCUAUGUGAGGAACUUGAUGCUGGCUACUACAGAAGAGACCAUCGAGAAGGAGUUCAACAGUAUCAAACCAGGUGCUGUAGAGAGAGUGAAGAAGAUCAGAGACUACGCCUUUGUCCAUUUCACCCAGAGAGAGGACGCGAUAAGCGCCAUGGACGCAGUGAACGGAAAGCUGGUGGAUGGCUCUCCCGUGGAGGUGACCCUGGCCAAGCCGGUGGAUAAGGACAACUACGUGCGCUACACCCGGGGUACAGGUGGCCGCGGUGGGGCCCUGCUCCAGGGGGAGUACACCUACACACUGGGCCAGGUGUAUGAUCCCUCAGCAGCCUACCUGGGUGCCCCAGUGUUCUACGCCCCACAGGCAUAUGCUGCUAUUCCUAAUCAGUUCCGCUUCCCCAGUGCCAAGGGGCAUGUGGGUGGCCGUGGCCUGGUGCGCACACCCUCGGUUAGAGAAAUUUACAUGAAUGUACCUGUAGGGGCAGCGGGGGUGCGCGGAAUGGGUGGUCGCGGAUACCUUGCCUACGCAGGUGUAGGCCGAGGCUGUGCCACCUACCAACUAAAGACAGACAAGCACCCCGACGACAAGCUCUUUGACCUGCUGCCGGGCAUGGAGCUCACACCCAUGAACCCUGUGUCUAUGAAGCCUCCCGGUAUCAAACAUGCGCCACAGAUCUUGGAGGAUGUGUGUCAGAAGAACAACUGGGGGCAGCCAGUUUAUCACCUUCACUCUGCCAUUGGACUUGAUCAAAGGCAACUGUUCCUCUACAAAGUCACCAUUCCGGCUCUGGCCACCCAAUACCCUAAUGUGCAUCCGUUCACCCCAGCCAAGCUGUGUACUGCUGUGGAUGAGGCCAAGGUCCAUGCUGCGGAGCAUGCCCUGCAGACCCUGGGGCUGCAGACAGAGGGCGCUGAGGCCUCAUCUGCAGCAGUAGCUGCAUUCCCAGGUUACACAAUAGCGAACACCUCAGCCUCAGUAGCUGCCUCCCAGCUCAAACAGGCUGUCACCCUGGGCCAGGACCUGACAGCAUACGCUACCUACGAGGGCUAUCCGGCCUUCGCCGUGGCAACCCGUGGAGACGGUUAUGGAGUGUUCUAAAUUUCAUUUGAUUGUGUUGAUCUAUUUAGUGGUAGAGGACCAGAAUUAGAUGUUGUAGAGUUAGCAAAUUGUCAGAAGUAGAUUGUUUAUGAUGCAUUUGAUCAUUAUUUUGACAGCCAAGGAUUUUUUUCCCAAAUCCCCUUUUAUAUGACACAGUUGCUGGUUCAUAGUGACGGACUAGUGACUUCCUUUGACCCAAUAGAGGUUGUAGUGUCCCUUUCAAGUUUGUUCAAUUGUCCCUAAAAGUCUUUAUAUUUCCUCAUAAAAUCAUUGAUAGAAGUAGAGUUUGCAAAUGUCAGGGAUACCAUUUCUGCCAUGGUUUCAAUGGUGACCUUUACUUUCUACCUAAAUCUCCUGCGGGUGCCUUUUGAUGUUGUUGUACAUUGUUAGACUGAAAACCACUUUUGAUGGUGAGAUGUGUGAAAAAGUUUUUUUUUCUUUCCUGCUAUUUGUGUCUCAGUAUUUACAAAUGCAUACACAGAAUGUGUUUCCCUCUCUUUUCCGAUGUUAUAGUGUGCAGAAAGCAAAAACCAUCCACAAGCUGUGAAGCUGAACUGCCUAUUUAAAUUUUUGAAGGUUUUGUUGUCUAUGGAAGUCUGUGCAAACGUGUCUGUUUUAUCCAUGGGAUAUUUAUUGUCAAAAUGUCUGAUUUUACAUUGGAGUGUUAGCUAUGGACGAUCAUCUUGAACAGAGAUCGAUGUCAUUCUGUUUUGCUUAUUUCCCUUAUUACCUUACACCCGACCUAGGCUUGUGAACAUGGACGUUGGGAGUGUUAACACACUUAUCAGGGCACGAAACGACACUGAUAAAUAUGAUAAUGCCGAAGCAGUGACAGUAUUAAAGUGUGUAUAGCACUUAGAACGUAUUUUUAUACUAGAAAUCCAACACUAUUUGUAUAGUUAUAUUGUUUUUGGAUAUUUCAAAAUUCUCUGUGCCUCAAUUUAUCUGAAAUCCCAUAAAAGCAAAUGAUAAAGGGUUGAAAUAAAUGCAAAUCUGAAAUUUAAGGAGAAAUGGGUACAUUUUUUGCGAAACUACAUGUGGUACUGCUUGGGUAAUUAGAAAGUGUCAUGAACUGCAAUUGCCCAUGAUGAAUAAACCAACUGCAUUUUGAGAA